AUGGCUUCACCCCUAGCGGUUAUUCCACCCAUCAUGAUGUCUCCUGUCGUCCCGAAGCCGCCAAAGCUGACCUUUGCCGACGUGACGGUACCAAGUGAUUACCCAUACGACCUCGCAUUUGGUACACCCGACUACCAGGAUACCAUGGCCGUUUUAAACGCCUUCUACUCCCAAGAUACGAGAAUGAUCGCAGAUGACCGGCAGGAUAUGGCUGAAAUCAUUCAAAAUGGCAAAUAUCUUCGGACGGUGAGCGCCGCCAAGUCGGUAUCAUCCCACUGCCUGUAUCGAAAAGCCCAGAAAAAGAGCUUUGCGUUGGAAUCCGUCAGCUGGGCAAAUUUUGUGAUCCUCAACGCCCUCUACGGCCCCAAGAUCCCGCCCAAGUAUAUCGAAGUUGUUAAGAAGAAAUUCGGUAUGAGAGUUGUGGAAGAUUAUUCGGAAGAAUACUUCCAACUCUAUCCCAAAGCGUCGCAUUACCUCCCAACAUCAGCCGACGGCGAGACCUCCAAGGCCAACUCGACUCCAACAACGAAUAAGAGAUCACGGGAGACUGCAGAAGAUCAAAUCUCUGCAUCAGUCGCCGCUGCAGAGAACACCCCGAUUCAACUCUCCAUCGCCGUAGACAGACCUACACAGCCUUGUGUGAGAAAGCGGAUUAGAGUCGGAGAGUCUCCUGUGUCGGUUACCAACGCUCCCCCGACGUUGCUUCCCUGCGGUAACCUGGAGGCGUCGUCUCCAACUGAGGAAGCUUCUUCAACAGCCUACUCCUUCGAUGAGAUCUUCCGCGAAAACCGUUCUGUUGGCUCGAAUCUGUUUGUACGCCAGGACGGCCCUCAGAGGCUAGUUGAAAACACCGACACCUCCAAAACGCUACCCGGAAGACGUAGUGCUCCGCAAAGACUGUUCGAUAACUGCGCUGUGCCUCGGGCGCCAUCCCAAAACGCCUUGAAGAGUGAAGCGAAGAAGCCCAACCAGGCGCUGGCAUGGGACGUCAAACAUCUCUUUGAACGCAUGAAAUCAACAAAUUCCACGACUUCAUCAACGUCUGCCGACACUCGCAAUGAAGAAAAGACACCUACCAACCAAAGUUCGUCUGCGAAUUCGUCUGUGAGAUCAUCUGCCAAAGACAAGACAUCCUCGAACCUGGAUGAGGGCGUCGCAAAGAGUGUAUCCGAUAUGAAGCUCUUGCUUGAAAAAGACUCUUUUCGCCUUGAUUCAAAGAUAGACAAACUCCAAAAGGCCAUUGAUAACUCCAUUAGUGAAAAUGGUAAAUUGGUUCAAGCUGAGCUCAAAGCUGUUGUCCAAAAGACGGCUUCAAACAUGGCCAAGCAUCAAGCUCAGAUCAAAGCCGUUGUUCAAACAGCUUUGGACAACGCAGCUAAGAAGGAGGCGGAAAACGCAGCCAUUUUGGAGGAUAUUCAGACUUAUAUGGCGGCUAUACUGAAGCGACUUGAGGAGAAAUGA